GCCCUGAGCUGCUGAUACAAAGAUUUGCAGUCAAAUAUUGACAUAUUUUCACUCUAAACCUUAGAUACUCGAUACUCAAUAGAAAUGGAAAAUACACAAAGACCCAAAAGAUGUAAAUCAAUGACAUAUAGAGCUCUAUCACAGGAAGAAAGAAGAAGUAUAAUAGUAGCCGAAUUGUUGGACAGCUAUGCUAAUAAUUCUAAUGUGCAAGCAUUCCAAGAUGAUCCAAGAGCGCCCAUAACUGUCCUACCUUAUUCGGCUUCACAAACUGAUGACAGUCCUACAGAUAAGAUAGGCAAUACCGACUGGUGCAUUUGUGAAUCUUGUGGGCCAAUGCCUACUCAACUCGAGUCUGUUUGUUGUCGACAAAUUUAUCAAGUUGAAGGCAGUAUACCUGAAGGAAUGUCUUGCAUCACAGCUGCGCCUGUAUUUGUGUCACAGUUUACGAUACAGGAACAUGUAUACAUAACGUCAAUGGCAAUACAUGUAAUAGAAAGACCCGUUGUUGAUGCUGACAACAAUAGGCGGCUAAGAAAAACAGCCUAUCGUGCUUUCAUCGGUUGGAUCUACGGAUUUCUUGGCAAGGCAAACCGUAAAGUGAUACCUGCCUGUGUAGUCAAAGCUAUUAGAGAAGCUUUUCCGGAUCCGGAUGGUUCAUACGUCGGAUUUAUGUACAGCGACGACUAUGAGGCUUCUGAAAUGGCUUUUCACUAAAAUAUACUAAUACGUUAAUUUUUUUUGUGGU